AUGAGUCAACACCCGGAACCCGCCACAGCCCUCACCAAAGGCUUUACCAACCAUCUUCGCGCGCGAGAGCAGGAGCGGCGGCGAAAGACGUGGACCAAAUGUCCCAUUUGUGGCGAUGAGUUACGAGCAGAGUCACGGGACGACGUCCAGCAGCAUUACAAGGACAACCACGCCGCUGGGCAAGAUAGUAAUCCGCCUCCGACCGCGCAGAAUCUCUCUGAUCAGAUAGACGAGGUUUGGAAGUCGAUUCGAUCACGUCCACCGCCGCCACGAGCCGACCAACCACCGUCAUCCGAUCCAAUCCCAUCGGUAACGCCGUCCAGCGUCGACCCUGGCCCCAGUACCCCGACCCCGGAGCCCGAAAGACAACGAACACUGAAUCAACAGUCUUCUUCAAAGACACCUUAUAGAAAUAACAAAGACGAGAGGAUGGUCGCCCCGAAGCGGAGCCGUGCGCGGGAGUCGAACCAUCACACUGCGCGUUCUACCGAUAACGAAUUCCGAAGGGAGCCUACCCAGCAGAAGGGGAAGCUGUGGACCCCCACCGACGACAACCCGCUUACUCGACGUGCCGAUGCGAAACGGCCCGGAGAUGCCUCCGACUCCCCUCGGGCUCCGGCCUCGGUACGGUCCUUCGAACCCCGGUCCUCGGAGCCGGACAACACGGAAGUGAUGAUCAAGGAACCCGAGACACGACCUAUCAGCCAAGAGCAGCUUGUCGCUGAAGUCAAGGGCAUCUACGCAGGCCUUGUUAUGGUCGAGUCCAAGUGUAUCGAGGUGGAUAACUCGCAAAGCUCAAACAAAGAAACCAACCCCAAACUCAACAACGAACAAUGGCAGGCAUUAAUCGCUUUACAUCGGACUCUUCUUCAUGAACAUCAUGAUUUUUUCCUGGCAUCACAGCAUCCAUCUGCGAGCCCAGCCCUGCGGCGUUUGGCAAGCAAGUAUGCAAUGCCGGCCAGGAUGUGGCGUCAUGGAAUACACUCGUUUUUAGAACUGCUUCGACACUGGUUGCCAGCAUCUCUUGAACAUAUGCUUGCGUUCAUAUAUCUGGCUUACUCCAUGAUGGCACUGCUCUAUGAAACUGUCCCUACCUUUGAGGAUACUUGGAUUGAGUGUCUGGGUGAUCUUGGACGCUACAGGAUGGCGAUAGAAGAUGACGAUCUAAAAGAUCGCGAGGUCUGGACAUCCGUGAGCCGUCACUGGUACUCCAAGGCGAGUGAUAAAGCUCCUACUACUGGUCGGCUGUACCAUCAUCUUGCGAUUCUUGCGCGCCCGAACGGCCUGCAGCAGCUGUUUUACUACUCAAAGUCGCUUUGCGUGCCUGUGCCGUUUCUCUCAGCACGGGAGUCCAUCAUGACACUCUUCGACCCGCAUUUGAAUGGCUCUCCAACGAGAUUGCAAGAGAUUGACGCCGCUUUCGUCCGCGCUCACGGCAUUCUGUUCUCCGGGAAGAACAUGGAUCAGUUGGCGCCGUCUGUGAGCGAGUUUAUCGAUCACUUGGACAACCACAUUGCACGCAACACGAAGCGGUGGCUGGAUAGCGGCUACUACAUCGGCAUCGCCCUUUCGUGCGCCAUUCUCGAGUACGGCAGCGAGUCGAACUCUGUGAUGAGAGCCAUCAAGACGGGUCGUAUAGAGGACGCUGAUGUCCACAUGGACGACAACGAGACUGGCGCUGCAAGCCAAAAGCAGCUCGACGCCCUCGACUUCGCCUCGCGAACCCACAAUGUUGUCUUCCGCCGUUUUGGCGACCCAAACGUUAGCCCCUACGUGCAUGUCACCCUCUCCUUCCUCCACCACCUGUCACACUUCCCGAUUGCAAUGGGGUACAUUGAAGAGAAGAUUCCAUGGAAGCUUAUAUCAUAUACGUUGAACUCACUCAUGGCGAAGUGUCCGUCUGUAGACAAGAUCGAAUCGGAGGAGUUUCCGAGACAGGACAAGGAAGCUCCUCGUCCCUUGCCCGAGGAUUUUGCGCAGCGGGGGUUGUUGUGGGUUGAUAAGUACUACCCGGACGACUGGUUUACGACGGCCAAGUUCGACGACGACGAGAAGUACUUUGAAGUCGCCUCGAUGGCCCAAGAGCGCCGCGAGCGGUGCCUUUGGUUGGGUUGUCGACUCGCCUCGUCUGGGAACUGGCUGACAUACGACCGGGCCACGAGGGAAUUCGGUGUGCCGGCGCGAUUCGAGAUGGAUGUAGGCGAGAUUGUCUCGCAGCAGAGCGAGGGAGGGGAAGAGGAUGGCGAUGUGAUCAUUCCAGAUGCGCCUGCUGCCGUUACCACUCCUACUUGA